AUGAAAGGGGCCAACCUUUAUGAGUGGCAGGCAGAGGCUCUGGCCCUGCCAGGCGUGCUGCAGGGGGGUAACUUCGUGUACAGCGCGCCGACCUCUGGUGGCAAGUCCCUGGUCGCUGACGUCCUCAUGCUCCGCAGCAUCAUUGCCUCAGGGCGGCCUGCCAUGCUGGUGCUCCCCUUUGUGUCCCUGUGCGCUGAAAAAGCUGCGCACUACCAGCGCUUGCUGGCGCCACUGAAGAAAGAGGUCUGUGAAGCCUAUGGGGCCAAGCUUUCACAGCAGAUGACCAUCGGACCCAACACGGGCAUCAUCGUCUGCACCAUCGAGAAGGCCAACAUCCUGGUCAACCGGCUCCUUGCCGCCCAAGCACUCGACACACUUUCCUGCCUGGUGGUGGACGAGCUGCACAUGGUGGGAGACCAGGAGCGGGGAUAUCAGCUGGAGCUCCUCCUCACCAAGCUCAUGUGA